UGUUGCUAGUCACUUACAACAUUGACAAGCUCAGAGCGAAGGCAAGGACACUGCACGCUAGUACCCUUACUUUAUGAACACUAUAAGAAAAGGCACUGCCCUGUGAUAAAGCCCUUAAAAAUAUAUACAUAUAUAUAUAUAUAUUUUUUUUUUACAAACGUACGAGUAGGAUAUUUGACUCUUUUUGUGAAAAUAAACUGGGGAUUUAAAGCAACUGGACAGCGGUUCGGACAGCACAUCACGACUCGAGUCAAGAACCUCGGGAGAACGCCCAGAAGCGCCACUGCAGUUGUUGCACAUUUUGUGGGAUAUUGCCAACAUAAAAUGCCAGCCGAUAUGGAGAAAACGUCCUGUUCUCCCGUCGCUGCAACCCCGGCUAGCAUGAACUCGACCGCGGAUAAGCCCAAGACAGCCUCGGAGCACAGAAAGUCCUCCAAACCAAUUAUGGAGAAAAGGCGGAGAGCGAGAAUUAACGAAAGCCUGGGGCAAUUAAAAACUCUCAUCUUGGAUGCGCUUAAGAAAGAUAGUUCCAGACAUUCCAAGCUGGAGAAAGCUGACAUCCUUGAAAUGACAGUGAAGCACCUCAGAAACCUGCAAAGAGCACAGAUGACUGCUGCUUUAAACACAGAUCUCACAGUCCUGGGCAAGUACAGAGCUGGGUUCAGCGAGUGCAUGAACGAGGUGACACGGUUCCUCUCCACCUGUGAAGGAGUUAACACAGAGGUCAGGACCCGGCUCCUGGGGCACCUAGCCAGCUGCAUGUCUCAGAUCAACGCCAUGAACUACCCGACACAGCCGCAGGUCCCCGCCAGUCACCCACAUCCAGCCUUCGGCCAGCCCAUGGUACAAAUCCCAGGCGCGUCCCCUCAGCCCAACGUCUUGCCCCUCAACGGGAUGCCGUGCAAAGCUGGCUCGGCGCUCAGCUCACCCACAGACGCCACUAAACUAUAUGGCGGAUUCCAGCUUGUUCCAGCCACAGACGGACAAUUUGCCUUCCUGAUCCCAAAUGCAGCGUUUGCACCAAGCGGACCCGUGAUCCCAGUUUAUGCCAACAGCAAUAGCGUCACCACACCAGUGCCCGCUGCAGUCUCUCCAGGCGCGCCGGUCACCGCUGAUUCGGUUUGGAGGCCUUGGUAAAAAAAAAAAAAAAAAAAAAAAGUAUUUCUAAUGACUCAGAUAAAAAAACAAAACAAAACAACGACACUUAAACAUUUUUAACUAAAAAUAUCUGGUUUGUUAAAGUUCAUAUUUUUUGUAUUAAAAUGUAUUGAAGGUGAAGAUAAUGCACUAUAUUUGUAUAUAUUUGACAAAAAAGUUCAUAUUGAAAUGGAGUUUUGUAUUGUAAAGUCAGUUUUUCUUUUUUUUUUUUUUUUUUACUGCAUUUUUUUAUAUUCGCGGUGUCUUGUUUUCUAUUAUGCGAUGCCAAAGAUAUAUGUUGAAUGCGCUUAAACGUUUUCUUCCUUUAGAAGAUUAAAAUAUAAUAAUAAAAAUGAAAUAUGUAUA